AGUGAGAUAUACUGCGUGGUUUAGGUAUCUGGAGCGGAGCCGAGUGGAGCUGAGCCUGAGCUGAUAUGGUACGAUAGGAAAACCCUAAUCGUCUUCGUUUGAUUUUGGAAUUCAAUCAGAGAUAUAAUCCAUCAAUCAAUGGUUUCAUCGACGGAAUUCCUCCACGAUCACUCUUCAUUCUCUAAGAAAAGACUAAAGCUUUGCGAUGAUUCAUCAUCCUCGCAGGAAUCAUCUUCCAUUGAAUUCGAGAUGAGCUGCCAGUCCAAUGGAAAUAGCAGUGAUUUGCAAGACUCUUCUGGGGGAGGCGGAGGAGGUGGUGGCGGCGGCAGCGCCGGCGGUGCUCCUCUGGCCACCGGAUGGAUGUAUAUCAACGAAUGUGGCCAAAUGUGCGGUCCAUACAUCGAGCGGCAGCUAUACGAGGGUCUGUCUACUGGUUUUUUGCCGGAAGAUCUUCCUGUAUAUCCUCUUCUCAAUGGUGCCUUACUCAAUUCUGUUCCUCUGACAUAUUUCAAGCUCUUCCCUGAUCAUGUUUCCACUGGCUUUGCAUAUCUCCGUUUGGGCACAGCAACGCAACCCACUCUUUCUUCUGCCUUCCCCUCCUCCGAUCACCCGCAAUUUGAUCCCAAGUCGUAUCCUCUACAGUUAAGCAACUGGUUCUACCAGGACCAUGAAGGGAGGAAAAUUGGCCCACAUUCUCUUCAAGAGUUUUUUUCAUGGCAUCAAUGUGGGUAUCUCCGGGAUUCAACCGUGAUAUACCAUGCUGACAAAACACCCUUUAGAUUGAUCUCUGUUAUAAACGCUUGGAAAACUUAUAAACCUGAAAUUUUCACCCAACCUGUUACCUCCCUAACCAAUCACACGAGCUCUUCUUUAAGUUUCCUAGAUGAGAUUUGUGACCAAGUUUCAAAGCAAUUGCACCUUGGAAUUACAAAAGCUGCUCGUAGGGUUGUGUUGGAUGAAAUCAUUAGUUGUGUUAUAGCUGAUUUUGUUUCUACGAAGAAAGCAUCUAAUGAGGCUGCUAGCUCUUGUUCCGCUGAUCGAAGAAAGUCAGAAUUUUUUGAAGUCAAGGAUAUUAACAUUCGUUCUUCACGUGACAUGACCAUAUCUAAUCAUGUUGCUGACCAAGCCACUAAUGUAGACUCCAUAGAACCUUUGAAAAUCACUAAAUCUGUUGGAGGCAUUGAGAAUUUUUGGGGGUCAUAUGCAGUUGUUCGCCGAUUUCUUUUUAACUAUUGCAUGGAAGUUACUUGGAAUGCUGUCUUUUAUGAUACUAUUUCAGAGUAUUCAUCUGCUUGGAGAAAGAGAAAACUUUGGUCGGGUUAUCCAUUUGUUAGAAAGCCUGCUCAGUUGAGCAAUACUGUCACAAUGUUUGAGAAACCACCAGAUGAAGAUUGUUCAAAAAGGAAGGAAUCUGCUUGUGAUGUUGACUGCCCUCCUGGUUUUGGACCGUUCAGAAAGGAAUCAGAUGAUCAUGCAGGGGGUUCUGUUAUGUCUUCUCCAGAACUUUUGAGAUCAAAGUCAUCAACACACAUGAGCUCCUCAUGCACAACUUGCAUAUACGAGGAUGUGGAUUGCAUUGUAAAAAGUGUAGAACAUGAGCUUCAUUCGUCUGCAAUGGUAUCACUGACUGAGUACGUUAAUUUUUUUAUUGAGGAUGAAGUGAAGAAAAUUACUGGGUCUGAUGAAGAGGACAGAUUAGAUGAGGUUAAUCUUCCCCCUAAGUUGGAGGAGUGCGACAAAUUGAAGACUUCUUUAGAUGAAACUUCUGCACAGAUAACUUCACCUAACAUUUCUCCAUCUUUGUCACUGAUUGCUAAACCUUCUCAUGGACAUGUAUUUGAAAACCACAUGCCUGAGUUAUUCUCGGCAGUGUUUAAGGAAUUCUGUGUACAUGGUGAUGAUCUAGUGGCUGACCAAGAAAGCAGUGAGCCACCACCUCCUGGUUUUGAAGAUAAUGUUAGAAUAUUUGCACCUUCGAAUGUAAACAAACUUAAACCUUCGAGGUCCAAUGAACGUACUCAUAAGAUUGGGGAAUAUGUUACCACAGCAAUGUGCCGACAAAGGUUGCACGAGGACGUUCUUAAAGAAUUGAAAUCGUCAUUUAUCAAAUAUACUCUGCAUCAAUUUAUUUCAUCAUUGCGUACAUCAAGAAAGCUGCGUAAGCUUGAGCGUAAUGAGGAAGGGGCACACCGAGCGGAUAACAUGCUUCCAGGAAGUUCAGCAGCAACUCCAACAAUUGGUAAAUAUACAUAUUCUCGCAAAAAGUCGUGCCAGAACAAUUUGGGUUCUUCUCCAUUGGUUACUCCAGUUAACAAUGGGUUACAGAAAAUUCAAAGAAAGAGUAAGCUUCCAGAAAAUUCAAGGAAAGAACAUGCUUCCGAAGACAUUGCUGCUGUUAAAAAAGUUGAAAGACCUGCUAUGAGUAAUAAAAAAAUUGGGCAGAACAAACGCCAUUCCGAACCAUCUGUCAAGGAUACAUCUUUGCAGACCAUUGUGAAACUGAAAGGCAGUUUGUCGAACAGUCAACCAGUAGCCAAGGAUCCAAGUAGUGAAAGAGUAUCUAAGGUUUCCCAUAAAAUUCAAAGAAGCAAGUUGUUCAAAGGUUCAAUUAAACCUGCCAGAACACAGGUUUCAGCUUCUUUAAUAAAACAUGAUGGUGUUGAGAAAGUAACAAGUGGUGUUGAGAAAGUAACAAGUGGUAAUGACCAUGAUGUUAGAGUACAAGAAGAUUGCUUAAUGAAGGCGUCAAAGCUAAAGAGGAAGCGUGUAAUAGACAGUGGACCGUCAUCAUUUUCAAAAAAGAUUAUGAAAGUAGCAAAUGGGGCUGCAAAGCAAGUAGCAUCUAGGCAGACCACAGUAAAAAACACAAAGUCAAGGAAAACAACAAGUCUAUGCCCAAGAUCAGAUGGUUGUGCUCGGGCUUCAAUUAAUGGAUGGGAAUGGCGUAAGUGGUCAAUAAGUGCUAGUCCUUCUGAAAGAGUCCGUGUUAGGGGAAGUAAACAUGUUCACGUGGAUCAUUUAGGGUCUGAUGGUACUACAUCACAGUGGUCCAAUGGCAAAGGUCUUUCUGCUAGAACAAAUAGGGCAAAACUGCGCAAUCUUGUUGCUGCUGCAGAGGGUGCUGACCUUUUAAAAGCCACUCAAUUGAAGGCCAGAAAAAAGCAACUACGUUUCCAAAGGAGCAAGAUACAUGAUUGGGGUCUUGUUGCCUUGGAACCAAUUGAGGCUGAGGACUUCGUUAUUGAAUAUGUUGGGGAGCUAAUUCGUCCUCGGAUAUCUGACAUACGGGAACGUCAUUAUGAGAAGGUGGGAAUUGGUAGCAGUUAUCUGUUUAGGCUUGAUGAUGGUUAUGUGGUUGAUGCAACAAAACGUGGUGGGAUUGCUAGGUUUAUAAACCAUUCUUGUGAGCCCAAUUGCUACACCAAAGUUAUAAGUGUUGAGGGUGAAAAGAAAAUUUUUAUUUACGCUAAACGCCACAUAGCAGCUGGUGAUGAAAUCACAUAUAACUACAAGUUUCCUUUGGAAGAGAAAAAGAUUCCUUGCCACUGUGGUUCUAGAAGGUGCCGUGGAUCACUGAACUAAUUGACGGCCUUUGAUUCUCUGGUUAUUUUCCCGAUCGCCCUGUCUCCUGACACUGUGUUGGCAGUCCACUUGUAAGAGGUUUUUGGAUUACAAUUGGCAACAAGGCCAGACGAUCUGAUCACAGUGAUGGUUUCACGGUGGGAGUUUUGCCUUUUCAAAAGAUGAAUUACUGAACAAUGUGCAUUCUUAUAGAUUUCUCUGUUGCAGAUGAGUUUCUUCUCUCAGAAUCUGUAAAUCAGUCUCGAGUGUUUUCUUGCUUACAACUUUGAAUAUAUGAUUUUUGGUUUUUGUACAGACAUGCAUUAUAAUAUUUCAAUACAAAUGAAAUAAAUUUACUUAUUUAGGGGGAGGAGCUGUACAUUAUAUGCUUAAUAUAGUCAGUAUUUUUUAUGUUGGAAAUUGUUUGUUUAUUCUAUGAUCAUUUUCUAAUUUAGAAACGUGUAUGUUUGUUGAACAUGUUUUAUAGAGGGAAUAAAUAUAAAACUAGAGGGGAAUGAAUUUAAAUAUAUUGUAAUGUGUGAUGACCAAUUUAUUUGCUGUGUUAGGCCACGCCAUGAUCCAUUGGAUGCAUUACUAUUAUUAUUAUUAGAGUAAUUGGUGAAAUAGUACUUUUUUAAUGUCAUUUUGCAAGGUGGUUAUUUUUGAUAAUUUGUUGCAAAUUAGUCUUCCAGACAGAUUGUCGAGUAAAUUCGACUUCGAAUGCCAAGUGUAUUCGGUAGGUUGUCGAGUAUGUCAGGAAGAUUACUUUACAAAGUAUUAUCAAAAGAAAACUAUAGUGCAAAGUGAUAAUAAAAAAAGCUAUUUUGUCAAGCACCCUUAUUAUUGUUUUUAUUAUUGUUAUUAUUAUUAUUAUCAUGUUUGUUUUUGGAGUGUAGGAAACUGUCAUCAAGCUUAUCUGCAAGCAUUUGAAACCCCAAAGCUAAGUUUGGACUUAAUAAUGGAAUCUCUUAUGGUUUAUUUGAGUAUUGGGAUUGUGUUAUUAUGAAAAAACAAUACUACUUUUACAGUCCAUGAAAGACAUUCUCAUUCAUUUUCUUGCUAAUGACUAAAAGGCCCAUAAAUGGUUUUGUGAUAAAUUGGUUAUUGUGACAAAACAAAGAGACAAACAGGAUACUAUACAUCAUGGAAGCCUAGAAGAAUAGUUUGGUAAUUUAAUUUUUUUAAACAAAAGAAAAAGUUGAAUAGCCAAUAAUAAAUGUGGCGUUUGGGAGGAUCUUUUAUUUGGUAUGUACAUGAUACAUAUUGUGUAGUGUAGUUAGUAUAAACAAAUAUGUAUAUAUAUAUAAUCAAUUCGUGAAAAUCGCAUACUUUUUCUAUAGUGGGUGAGAAAUGAAUGAAUGUCCUAUAUCCAAUUAUUCACUUUUGGGUUUUGAUGAAUUUCUUACUCAAAUUUGUAUGGUGUAUAAUUAUUUGAGCUAUAAUAGUAGUACCUUUUAUUUCUAUUAUUCUCUCAAAAUUUGAUUGUUUGCAGGAGUAGUAGAUCAACUAAAAUAAAUUAAACCACUUCUUGGCUGAGCGAGCCUGAGAGUGAGACGGAGUUCUUUCUAGGUCUGGUAUGCAUCUCCAUCUCCUUUUCUUUUUCCUUUCCUUUUUUUCUUAACCAUUUCCAUUUACAAUAAAAUUAAUUGAUAGGAUUUUUUGUUUUAACAAGCUAUUCAUAAUCAUAGUAUAAUAAUUAAUGCCCCAUUCAAAGCAAAAUUCUCCAAUAUAUAGAAAAAGAAAUGGGCUCAUGAUAUCAUUUGAUUAACAACGUGAGAUAUUGCCCCCAAUAUCUUUGUUAUUAGCACUUUCUUCUCCUAGAUGGGGUUUUAAUCUGAUAACAUAAAAAUGUUAUUGUCUGCCCUCUAAUUUAUUAUUGCACUUUGGUGUGUUGGUCCCUUUUUCUUGUUUUUUGUUUUUUGGCAAUCAAGACUUGAUCUCAUUAAAAAAGAAGACGACAAAAAUGGCAAUUAACUCCAAUUUAUUAAUUGUGUCAAAUUUCUUACUGAAAUGGUCAUGGAACAUCACAUGGGGCGGCGUUUUGGAAUGGCAUAGUUUGUACAUUAUUGCACCUGAAGACUCUUGGUGCAUUUUAAAUAUGAUUAGAUUUUCAAAUUAUUCCAAGACUAAAUUAAAUUUGAAAGAGACAGCUUCAAUUUAAACUAAAAGUGAUAGUGAGAAAAAUAAAAAAGAGAGUAGAUAAUCGAAUUAUGUAAUGCAUGAACGAGAACAAAUAGAGUAGCUCAGCUGAGAUUUUGAGCAUGAAACAGCAAUGGUAAGAAUGUUUGGUCAAAUCUAACUCUCAUAAUCCUUGGGUAUCUUGAACAAAGAACAAGCUAAGAUCAAUCUCAAUGUGCUUUGAUGUUACAUGGAUUGGCGGCAGACAUUAGAACACUGCAAAACUUAUCAUCACUAAGCAAAGGCCUCACCCAAGCUACUUGGACAGUCGGACAAGGCAGGCAAGAGUACUACUUUGAGAAAAUACAUUUGAACCAAGAAUGACACAAAAUCCAAUCCAGCAUUGGACCACUUCUACAAAAACUAGUAAGUUCGAAGUCAAUUUAAUAAUGUAUUAAAGAAAGAAUCAUGUUGACAGCUUUCUUGUGAACUACAACAAGUGGAGAGUGGAGGUGUGCAUAAAUUGAUUUUGAGACCACUUUCCUUUUGGACAAAGCUAUGGACAAGUUGGUCAUUGGAGCAUAAUCCAAUGCUAGAUCCUUCAAUGCACUUCUAUAAAGCUGCCUAAAGCCCCCUUCUGUUUGUAUUCUUAACCAUGUCAAUUUUACUUAGAAUUUAUUUUUUUAAUUAAUUGGCGGCUACUCUCUGCCCUACCAUAUUCUACAUGGCCACCCUAGUAAGUAAUUUCAUGAUUAUAUAUAUAUAUACACAUAUAUAGUGAGUUUGGAAGUAGGAAGCUAUCGUUGCUCUUAUCUUCAAUUUGUACUUGUAAACGUGUUUGAUUAUACUAAUGACAUAACAUUGUCUUCUUCCU